CAUCCAUCCAAUGGCACGGCAUGUGUGGUGUGAUGGUUUAAAAGCCCCUAGGGCCCCUUACCCCGGCCCGCGCGGUGCCAUGGUGUCUUGCCUAGCCCCUCUCACUCUCUCUCUCUCUCUCACUCUCUCGCGAACAAAGUACUCCCUCCCCUGCCUGUGUCUAGGUUGUCAAUUAUGUGUGUGUGCGGUUGUAUUUCAAUUCCUCUUUAUCAAAAUAUUCCCCUGCUAUUCUCUCUCUGUAAUAAAACAGAUGUUCCUCAUAUUUUGCGGGCCUCUGGGCGGUGGCACCGAUCUUGCCGAUGUCGAACUCGGCGAACAGCGGGUAAUGGUCAGACGGAUUCCUGAUAUAUGGAUGGGUGGAUGGAUGGACAGGCACCACACAGCCACACACACAUAGAGCAGCACAUGGAUGAGUGCGGCUGUGCAUGACCCUGCCUGCCUGCCUGCCCCACUCACUCCUGAUUGUGAUGGUCUUUGCCGAAGUUGGCGUGGAUGUAUGGGAGACCCUUCUUGGCGGCCUCGUCGUUGAGGAUCUCGAACCGCGUCACGGCGUGGUACAGGUUCCGCGACACCAGCAUGUGGUCCAGCUGGGAACCUCUCUGAACACGCACACACACACGCACACCAAGGUCACAUCCACGUGUGCGGGUGUUUACUGUUGUGCCUUUGUCUGUCUGCUGUCUGUCUUUCCCUCCUUCAUGGAAGCAGACAUAAAUACCUCGCGGAAAAUGUAUGAGUAUCGCUGCUCCUGGGGGAUCUUCGGAGUGAGGGACCACAUCUCCUUGUUGGUGCCCUUACGCUUCCUGUACACACACACACACACACACACACACAAAGGCGGCCGGGCAGGCAGGUCAAUGGAGGGAUGGAUGGAGACAUGUACGCAUUGCAUUGAAUGCGUACCUCUCUCUCUGGGUCUCUCUCUCUGUGUUGUGUCUCUCUCUCUGUGUUGCGUGCAUUAACACGGACGUACGUACCCGCUGGCCCCAUAGCGAAUGAUCUGGAACACCCAGCUGACGGCCCAGUCCUUCUGCAGGUCUUUCCUGUCUGUUGACAAAGGCAGACACAACACACCAGAGCCUCCCGACCUUAUCCCUCCCUCCCUCCCUUACGAUAUUUCGCCCUCUUCAAAGUAGUCUUCCGGGUUGUAUCCGAGCUUCACGGUUGGGCUGGUGGCGUUGAAGCCGGUGAAGGGGAUCUGCAGGGGAUGGGCCGUGCCCUUGGGGUCGUCAAUGUGGCGGACAUCGCGCGUCUCCUCGGCCUGGUCGUCGAAAUCGUUGAAGUCCCCCUGCAUGAGCGAAUGAAGGACAACAACCACGGCAUUCGCGUAUGUCCGUACGGAUGUCUUUGUGUGUGUAGUGCGUGUGUGUGUGGGUGAGUGGCGGUCUCACCACCAGGAUGAUCUCGUGAUGGUCUGGUAUCUCCUUCCUGUGGCCAUGGCCGGGAGGAAGCCGUGAGACAUCAACAGAAUUAAAGCAGACCGGCACAUCAAUGGAGAUAGAUGAGUGCGGUGCGUUGGUUGUAUGUGUGUGCAGGUCUGUGUGUGCACGUCCCGUCACACGCACUCGAUGAUUUCGUCGAGAAUACGGGCCUCGACCUCUCGAUACAUGCAGGAGUUAGCGUCUGCAGAACACACACGAGAAAACCUCUCUCCCUCCCUCUCUCUCUCUCUCUCUCUGUGUGUGUGUGUGUGUGGUUACGCGAUGGGAUGGACUUGAGGUGGAUGUUGAUGACCGAGAUCAUCUGGCCGUUGACGUUGAUGUCCAUCCGGGCGUAUUUGUUGAGAGCGAUCCCCUCGGGUAUCUUGCUGUAGUCGUAGUCCUUCCCACGCUCCACGCCCUUGUACUUCUGACACAUCGGGUUCUGUGUGACGGGGAAUCCGCCCGGCUUUAUCCCGUCAAGCCUGCAGACACACACACACAUCCACACAGACAUGUGACGUGGAUGUGCUGUGGUGGGAUGAGCUGGGGGGCGUGUGUGUGUGGUGGUGGGAGGGUGUGUUGUUACUUGGUGACGAGGUCUUUGGUAGGUCUGAUGCGCGAUGCGAAGCCGACCUGCUGGUUGCUACGGAAGUCGCCACCCUGCGUAGCGAGCGGCAAGAGAUACUAGAUGUGCCUGUGGUACUUCGUGUACCUGGAUAUGGAACGGAUCGAAGCCAACUUGGUCCAAACCAGAGUAGGCCAGCACAUCCGACAGACUGCGACACCCAUCCAGCUGCAGAAACACAGACAGACAGACAGACAGACACACAGAUGGAGAGAGAGAGAGAGAGAGAGAGUGCACCUCUCCGUUCCAUCCGUUUCUCCCUCCCCAUGGACUAGCGAAUGGGCUUACCUCCGAGAAAGUGACCAGGUCGAACUCGAGUUGGGUGUAGAAGUAGUUGAGCCAUCGACUCACGUCGUUGAUGCGCUUCCACUGGCGCAUGCAGCCGUCGUGCGCAUCACCUUCUACGUAUUCGAGGCUAGCGGCGCUCUUGCACACUGUCAUGUGUUUGGUCGCCGGGCGCUCCCCGUUGGCCACUCCGCCGAGAGCCUCGAACAAGGGUCGCGUGACGCACUCGGUGGCGUCCGGCGACCAGUCCUCGGGGCACUGCAUCACCUUCGCGAGUUGUUGCUCGGGCAACGUCUGCCACUCGGCUCUCCGGGACAGCGGGGAAAACAGCCACUCGACAUUCUGAAACGCACUCGCAAGGAAGCAGACAGGCACCAAAUACCUACCAACCAGUCGGCUCAGAUCCAUCCAUCCAUGCAAACCGCACCCAUUCACCCACUCACCCAGUGGAAGAGCCGAAGGAUGUUAUCCGUCUUGCCGCCGGACCUGCCGCGCUUCUUGUUGGCGUGUGGGCAGUCCUCUUUGGGCGGCCGCGGGGUCGCGCGCCCACGACGGGCUGAUUUUCGUCAUAGCUGUGCUCCGCGAUGUGGAUGAGGCUGCUGGCACCGUCGUCCACGAGCACCUCGGCCGUCUGCAGCGGCCUCUCUAACAGAUCCACCGGCAGACCUGCACACACCACACCACAACGACUGCACAGAAACCGACCCAAGAAGGGAAGGAUGCAUCAGCCGAGCCAAGCCCACCAUGGCUGUCCAUGCCAUCGUGUCGGCCAACAGCAGAUACGGAGGAGCGGCCAACACCUGCAGCCAUCCAUCCAUCCAUCCGAUACAUCUCUAUGUGUCCUUCAUCUCCAUCCAUUUGCCAUUUCAUUUCACCUCACCCCAGUCGAUGGUUUCGCAGUCGGCACCGCGGCACUCCUCGGCAACGGUGGCCAGAAGAGAGGGCAGGGCCAGCAAAACCAACAAAAACGCUAUCAUUCUUGUUGAUGACGAUAUCUCGAUCUUCGUAUUUGGCUAGGUUGCUGUGAGGGUCGAGACUCUGGCCAGUAUUUCGUCCAUCCGCAGUGAUCCGAUGUGCACGCAGCGCCAGUACGUCGCAGGCCAGGCGCUUUUCCCCACCCGCCAACACGCAGAAACGUACGCAAGGCACUGACCCACACGACGGCCAGCCAAGCCAAGCCAAGCCAAGCCAACACACCCGACAAUUCAUUCCUCAUUACUACCCGGCCAAGACACCACUAGCUAAAACCCUCUCACGCACAGUACAAACAGGCAGACAGGCACGCACUGCAC